AUGGACGACAUCCUGUCUGGAGCUUCUACCCUCCAGGAAGCCAAGGAAAUCCUUCGACAGCUCGUUCUGGUCUGCAAGGCGGGAGGCUUCUCUCUGAAAAAAUGGUCAGCUAAUCACCCUCAGUUACUGUCUACAUUACCUACCAAAGACUGCCUCCAGCAAGAGGCAAGAUGGUGGUUGCCUGGGGAAAGUCAUGCCACUCUGGGAUUACGGUGGCAACCUUGCGACGACCUCUUCUCCUUUGCCACCAGCCAACCAACGCUGUCCACGAUCACAAAGCGGUCAGUUUUAUCGUUGACAGCGAAGCUAUUUGAUCCGCUCGGUUGGCUGUCUCCCACGACUGUUCUCGCCAAGACUCUAAUCCAGUCUACGUGGUUACUCGGUAUCGACUGGGACACUCCUCUUCCGGACGAUCAUGAGAAGGCCUGGUUACGCUUCCAAGCGGAGCUCCCCCAACUGGAGAGACUGCACGUUCCUCGAUGGCUGGGCGGAGGAUCGACUGACUGCCGCCUGGAAGUUCACGGAUUCGCUGACGCCUCAGUCCGUGCCUACGCUGCUGUGGUGUACCUAAAAACCGAGAAGAACGGGGAGUAUGGAGUUACGCUGAUUGCUGCCAAGACGAAAAUUGCUCCGUUGAAACAAAUUUCCUUACCUCGGCUCGAAUUAUUAGCCGCAACUCUUCUGGUCCGCCUCGUUCAGCAAACGCUGCCUCUCAUCAAGGCUGAAAGGGCGCCUCUUCAUCUCUGGUCAGACUCCAUGGUGGCUCUCGGCUGGAUCCGUGGACAUCCUUCUUCCUGGGUCACAUUCGUUGCCAACCGGGUCAGCGAAAUUCAAACGUCGCUCCCCGACGCCCUUUGGCAUCAUGUCCCUGGACGCGAAAACCCGGCCGACUGCGCCUCUCGAGGCAUCUUCCCUGGAGAGCUUGAGGCGCAUCCACUUUGGUGGCAGGGUCCUCUUGGCUGA